AGGCAAAUAAUUGAAUGGGAUGGGAUCAUGACCAUUUCAAAAGUAUUUAUCUUUUUUUUCCAGAGAUUACAUUUCCAACUUUCUUUCCGAUCACCCAUUUUUCUCGAAUUUCGUGUGGGUCCAUUAAUGGCAAGUAAUUGAUCCCCACCAGACAUCAGCAUUCAUGAAUCUCCAGCUAUCAAAACUACUAUUGCAAGCACGCAUCCAAUUCUAAAGUCCAACCAUGGGAGAGUCUGAAUCAUCUCCAGAUCCUCACACUCUCCUCCUCCUUGAACCACCACCAUCACCCACCGCCGCCUCCUCCAAAAAGCUCCCCCUCAUACCACUGAUCUUCCUAAUCUUCUUUCAGGUAUCGGGCGGCCCAUACGGGGAAGAGUCCGCGGUAGGAGCUGCUGGGCCGUUGUGGGCUAUCGUGGGCUUUCUGAUCUUCCCCUUCAUAUGGAGCAUUCCAGAAGCCCUCGUCACGGCAGAGCUCGCCACCGCCUUCCCAGGCAACGGUGGCUAUGUCAUAUGGGCCCAUCAGGCUUUUGGCCCGUUCUGGGGCUCUUUAAUGGGCUCUAUAAAGUUCCUCAGUGGAGUCAUUAACUUGGCCUCAUACCCAGUUCUGUGUGUAGAUUACCUCAAGCUUGUUAUCCCAAUUUUCUCUUCAGGUUUGCCAAGGUACUCUGCUAUACUGAUUACAACUCUGGUGCUAUCUUUUCUGAACUAUACAGGAUUGGCUAUAGUGGGUUAUACUGCAGUGACUCUAGGUGUUAUGGCACUUUUGCCAUUCAUAGCAUUGACUCUGUUUUCAAUUCCAAAAAUUGAGCCUGCUAGGUGGAUUAGUUUGGGCCAGAAAGGUGUACCAAAAGAUUGGCCAUUGUAUUUCAAUACCCUUUUCUGGAAUCUGAAUUUCUGGGACAAUGCAAGUACUUUGGCUGGGGAAGUUGAGGAACCCCAGAAGACAUACCCUAAAGCUCUGUUUUCAGCUGGAGUGCUUACUUGUUUGACUUACUUGGUCCCUCUAUUGGCCUCUACAGGGGCUAUACCACUAAAUCAAGAGGAAUGGGUUGAUGGGUAUUUUGCUACUGUGGGUGAAAUGGUUGCUGGAGAAUGGUUAAAAUUGUGGAUUGAGUUGGGUGCAGUGUUGUCAAUAAUUGGACUAUAUGAAGCACAAUUGAGCAGUAGUGCAUAUCAGUUUCUGGGUAUGGCAGACUUGGGAUUCUUACCUCAGUGUUGUGGGAAAAGAUCCAAAUGGUUUGAUACACCAUGGGUUGGAAUUUUGGUCACAACUUUGAUUACAGUUACAGUUUCUGACAUGGACUUUGCAGACUUAAUUUCAUCAGCCAAUUUCUUGUACAGUUUGGGGAUGUUGUUGGAAUUUGCAUCAUUUUUGUGGUUGAGGAAGAAAUUGCCCACCACAAAGAGACCAUUUAGAGUGCCAAUGGGGAUGGUUGGUUUGGUGUUUAUGUGCUUGGUUCCAUCUGGGUUUUUGGUUUAUGUCAUGACUGUGGCAACUACAAGUGUUCUGCUGGUGAGUGCCAUAUUGACAUUUCUUUGCAUUGUUUGGUACUUUGUGAUGAAGUUGUGCAAAUCAAGGAUGUGGGUUGAGUUUAGUAGGUUGGAUGAUGAUUACUACUUAAAUUUAGAUUAUAGUUGUAAUUGAUGAGUACUUUUAGUUGGAUGAGGCCUUAAUUUAAUAUUGUGAUUUGGAGUCUUA